AUCGAUGUAUCGAUAGCACGCCGAUGUCUCCACCAGCUCCAGUUCUUGACGCGUUCUGACACGGACGCGGUUUUCGAGCCAGAGCAUUGAAUUGUGUGUGUUGCUUGUUAAUUCGCUUCGUUCUGUGGCCAAUUUUAUUGGGCCAACUGCGAAAUCAGUUUUGUGCGGUGUCGGCCAAAAGAAGAAGAAAAGUGUCGCAAACAGCCGCAUUAGCAUAAUUGCAAGCCGCCUUCUGCAUACGUGUGUGUGUGAGUGUUGGUUUGUUUGAAAGCAUCAGCAGAAAAGGCGGCAAGGAAAGAAGCAGAGAGGCGAUGCGGAGCGAAGAAAACAAAAACAAAAAAACUGCAACGGCAAACAUAAUUAUUUGCGCAAUGCAUUCAACGUGAAGUUGCUCCAAAAACACCGACACUCGACCAAAAACGCAUACAACGACGAAUCGGCAGUUCAUUUUACAUGCUUUUUUGCCGUUUCCAUCAGGAAUUGACUGCAAUACAGACAAAACCGUUUAACUUGACCAGACGUCGAAAGGAAUAUAUACGGUAGCCUUUUGUGCGCGCGACGCAAUUAUCUGACAGCACUUGAAAGUAUGCUACACAAAUUUGUUUCAACUUGUUACUGCAACAACAACAACAACCAAAACAACGGCAACCAUCCCACGCAAUUUAUCAUAUAGACUGCGUAGCAAGCAAGAGCGGGACAGCAACACGGCGCAACCAGCAGCGAGAAGCAACAACAACAAGCAGAAAUCAGGAAACCAGGAAACGAACUGGAAUAUAUAGAAAAUUCUACAACAAAAUACAACAACAAAGCAGUAAAGCUGUUACUCCUAAAGGUAAACGGAGCCACCGACGGCACUUACAACACAAAGAUGGCGUCCUCACCGACACCAUCUCUGGACUCGAUGCGGGGCGGGGCGAACUCGAUCGAAUCGUACGAACAUGCCGGCUAUCUAUCAGACUCUCCGCUCACGUUGAGCGGUUCAUCGCCACCGGCCAGCGAUUCGGCAAUCUGCAGUGAUGAGUACACGGGCGGCAGCAGCGUUAAGUCACGUUCUGAUGUGACCGUAAUCAAUGGCCAUCAUCCCAUUUCGGCCUCCGUAUCGUCCAGCUCUUCGGCCAGCUCUUCCUCCUGCUCGUCGUCAUCGUCCUCAUCCUCGUCUUCGUCAUCGUCCAGCUCCUCGACCAGCGGCCUCAGCGGUUGCGGCAGUACCAGCAGCAGUGUGAUCAGCGCCAACAACGUUGCGAGCAGCAAUGGACCAGGCGUUAUCGGCAGCAAUCUUCAGUCCUCAAACAAUGGCGGCAACUCGGGCAUCAGCAGCCUGGUCGUUGGAGCCGGCAAGGGAAGCAACAGCAGCAGCAACAGCUCCUCGAGCAACACAUCCGCCAAUGGAUCUCCGCCACGUUGCACCGCCUGCAAGAGCAAGUGCAGCGACGCGGUGGCCAAGUGCUUCGAUUGCCAGAGCUAUCUGUGCGCCAAUUGUGUAACUGCUCAUGAGUUCAUGCACUGUUUCAACGGACACAAUGUGUGCCUGAUUAAGGGUUUUGAGGCGAGCACCACUGGCACUCCGCUGUCCGUUGGAUCGCCCAGCAACAAUCCGGCGUCGAAUGAGUUCAAGUACGCCAGUUCGCUGACCAUGAUGCUGCAACAGCAGCAGCAGCAGCUCGACUCGCAACAACAGCAACAGCAGCAGCAACAAUUGCUGCCGGCGCAGCCUAUGUCACAACUCUCGAAGAUUGUACUGGCAGCCGCCGCGCAGGCAAAUUCCCAGGAGCAGCAGCGGGAGGAUAGCAUCUAUGGUUCACUGCACUCUCAACAACAACAGCAGCAGCAACAGCAGCAGCGACAACUCUUCUGCCCCCGACACAAACAGGAGCUGCUCAAGUUCAGUUGCCGCACCUGCUGCAUCCUGGUGUGCAAGGAGUGCAUUGUAUUGGAGCACUCCACAGGUCUCCACGAACUGGAGAACGUGCAGUCACCCGGAAUGACAACCUCUACGGGAUCCACGGCCAACGAGUCAGCUUUGCAAACUCUGCUCGCCGAUAUGCGUGGCAAAAUUGGCGAGAUUGUCGGCAUUGCUGGAAACUCGGACCAGAAUCUCACCAAGGUGAAGCUGCAGUACCAAAAGGCUCACAACGAGCUGAACGAGACGCACCAGUUCUUCGCUUCCAUGCUGGACGAGCGCAAGACCGAAUUGCUCAAGGAACUGGAAACGCUGUACACGGCCAAGGUUAACAGCAACAAUUCGUGGCAGCAACGCUCCCGCGACUUGAUCGACAAGGGACUGGCCACCUGCGAGGCAGUCGAGCGGAGUCCUGCUCCGCCAUCCUCCUUGCUGGCAGAUGCCCUUCUCCUACGCAAAUCCCUGGAGCAGCAACUACAGACGGGCAUUCAGGAGAUGCAGCUACCCUUCGAAAUCGAAUUUAUGUCCAACUAUCAGUCGAUUCAGGCCGGCGUGCGCAACACCUUUGGUUACAUUCGAGCAAACAGCUCAGACGGUGGACCUACUGGCAUGAGCCUGACGAGCAAUGGCCACGGAAAGCAGCCGCCAAUUGCCCGGCCAACACAGAGCGCCAGCAACAGCAGUGCGAGCAGCGCGGGCAGUGGUCACCAUGGCCACCACCAACAGUCACACCAUCAUGGCCAUCACAAUCAUCAUCAGACGGCCCAUCAUCAACAGCUGCAGGCGCAAUCGUCGCUGCACGGCCUGGGUCUUGGAUUGAGUGGCGCCAGUUUGUUGGAUAGCAGCUCUAGCGCAGGCGGAGCAGUGGGAGCCUUCAGCAAUGGAGGACUUCUGCUGAGCGGUCGCGAUCGCAACGCUCUGGCAGUGGAACAGCAUUUCGGUGAGUUGAUGCCCAAGCGAGGAGGAGGUGGCUACACCGGCAGCAAUGGAUCAGCCACCAGUGCCGUGGCCCACUACAAUCCCUACGAGAAGUGGAGCAACGGCGGUAGCGACAAUCUCUUUUCAUCGGUGACAAGCGGCGUGUCCGGUAGCUCUGCAGUGGCCGAUGCGUUUGCCAGCCUGUCUGCUGUUGGAGGAUCCGUGGUUAGUGGCGCUGGAGCUGGCGGAAGUACCGUGAGCUCAGAGUCCCUGCUGGACCUCACCAACAAGCUGCUUUCGGCCACUAUCUAUCCGCCCAAGUCGCAGAUCAAGCGGCAGAAGAUGAUUUACCACUGCAAGUUCGGCGAAUUCGGCGUGAUGGAGGGCCAGUUCACGGAGCCCAGCGGUGUGGCGGUAAAUGCCCAGAAUGACAUCAUUGUUGCGGAUACGAACAACCAUCGCAUUCAGAUCUUCGACAAGGAGGGACGCUUUAAGUUCCAGUUUGGCGAGUGCGGCAAGCGUGACUCGCAGCUGCUCUAUCCGAACCGCGUGGCCGUGGUGCGCAAUUCCGGCGAUAUCAUUGUCACCGAGCGCUCGCCCACACACCAGAUCCAGAUCUACAAUCAGUACGGCCAGUUUGUGAGGAAGUUCGGGGCCACCAUUCUGCAGCAUCCUCGCGGCGUGACCGUGGACAACAAGGGACGGAUCAUUGUGGUGGAGUGCAAGGUGAUGCGUGUGAUCAUCUUUGAUCAGAACGGCAAUGUGCUGCACAAGUUCGGGUGCUCUAAGCACCUCGAGUUCCCCAACGGCGUGGUGGUCAACGAUAAGCAGGAGAUCUUCAUCAGCGACAAUCGGGCGCACUGCGUCAAGGUGUUCAACUACGAGGGCCAGUAUCUGCGGCAGAUUGGCGGCGAGGGAAUUACCAACUACCCGAUUGGCGUCGGGAUCAACUCAAACGGGGAGAUCCUCAUCGCGGACAACCACAACAACUUCAACCUGACGAUCUUCACGCAGGACGGGCAGCUGAUCUCGGCGCUCGAGUCGAAGGUGAAGCACGCGCAGUGCUUCGAUGUGGCGCUCAUGGACGACGGCAGUGUGGUGCUGGCCAGCAAGGACUAUCGGCUCUACAUAUAUCGCUAUGUCCAACUGGCGCCAGUGGUAUUGCACAAAUUGCACAGCAACAUCAAUGAAACCAGCAAGAGCUUCUUGGCAGACAGAAUACAGCAACAUUUCAUUUGAAAUAGCAAAACGAAAGAAACGAACUAUUAUUAAUCAAUCACCAAACAAACAUUCCCCAAACAAUUGUGUUAUGUUAAUGAAUUUGUUGUUGAAGAAAGGAAGUACGAAGGAAUGUAAUGUAAGGGCGAUGCAUGGACAAGUUUACGUUACGCAAUUAUUUUAAAUCAAUUUCGGGACUCAAAAAUUAUAUAAAUAUUAAUGUAUUUGCAAUUAGUGUAAAUGAGUCUCUACGGUCGAACCGCACACAAAGAAUUCACACACACAGACACGAAUCAACGUUGCUAAAUCAUUGAAAUAUGCAUAAAUGUUAGCUCAUCUUAAUCAUAAUCGAUCAUUCAGCAUAGAUUUUAAUAUUUAUAACGCUAUAUAGUGCAACUAAGCCGAUCAUGGUAUCAUCAUCUAGUCAUCAUGCAUACAUAUAUGUAUUUUUAUAAUUAAUUAUUAUUAAUAUUAAAUAAAAAACAAAAACCAAAACCAAAAUGAAACAGAAAAUGAAAAGGAACACCAAUCUAAUGUUAAAUGUCGUUAUAAUUAAGUUUUCUUUGUAUACACAUAUAUAUUAUGUUUAGCUAACGAUUUACCAAUUACCAAUUUUCCGUGUAAGGAUUGAUUUUUAUGUCUCCCCGCAAUUUGAAUUUCUCGCUAAAGCCAAGUUGAAUUUUAACCUACACUAAAAAAAAAAAGAAAAAAAACGAGUGAAUACAGGGUGUUGCUUAAAUGGCUUUCAUAUACUACGUUGUCAUAUGAAACUAAGACAUUUUAUCAGCUAAAGUAAUAAAAGUAAUAUGUUUUCUUUAUGGUUAAUUGUUUACACUGUACGUUCAGUUACAAAUCGUAUAUUUCGCUCAAAUUUUGUUUUACACUUAAGAUAAAUACAAAUAAAAAAAGAAAAUCAAUGAAAAAAAAAUGUUAAAGCAAAUGACAAGAAAAUGUGGAAAAUAUGGACUGACAAGCAAAUAAUGUAUAUCAUUGAGGGUUGGCAUUUUUAUUCAACACUUAUAUAAAUAUAAAGAAAAUCUAUAUUACACGUAGACUUUGUCAGGACAUUCUCAGCUGUUUCGAACGGGGAAAUUGUUAACUUUUUGCGUUGAAAUGAAAAAAGGAAAAUAAAAUAAAAGAAAGGAAAGGAAAUAUAUACACGCCCACCAAAUGCAUACUAUAUGCCAUAUACUGUUUCUAACAUGCAUACAAAGAUUUAACCACAGUGCAGAGCAAUUACCAUUCGGUUUAAGUUUGUAACUGACUUAACUUACUGCCAGGAUCAGCUCAGCUCGGCUCCUCAGAUACCCUGCAUGAUACUCACUCAAUCAGUCAGUCAGUCACUCAAUCACUCACUCACUCCGUCAGUCAGUCACUCAAUCAUCCAGUCAUUCACUAAUCCAUCUUUCCCGCAAAUCCAGCACAAUUAAAUGUAAUGAACCAGUAAACCAAGCCACUUUUUUGAGAAAACGAAACCGGAAAGGCAUUUAACUUGAAUCUUCAACAUUUUUGAGCACAACCAACACUGUUUUUUUGAAUUACAUUUAGACUCGUCAAGAAGAAAAUUAAAAUGUAAUCAUAGUCGUACUUAAUUGAAUACGAUGUAAUUGAAUGUGAACGUUAUUAACUCAUUAACUAUUAUUACUAACUAAGAUUCCAACUGUAUGCGCAUUUUAUAUAUAAACCUAUAUAUAUAAAACAUUAAGGCAAACCCAAGAUAACAACUCAUUAAUGUAAUGUGUAAGAGAAACAAAAGGUACUUACGGUAAAUUAUAUAUGAAUAUUUUUAUACAUGUGGGAAACGUAAAACAGAGAACAAAUCAUAAUAAUUUAUUAAAAGCUGAAAUUUGCUAGCUAGAGUGGCGAGUUCGGGAACACACCUAUUUGAAAUUGAUAUGACGACAGAUUUUAAACUGUGCUCAAAAUGGCAAAUCCAAUGGCAAAGUCGACAGCGUCAGCGAGAAUUUUUGAAAUAUAAUAUGAGAAGGAAAUAAAAGUCUUUUUAAUGCUUAGGGGCCACAAUUUUCGAAGUAAUUAAAAAAUGAAGAAAAAAAAAAACAUGAAAUUAUUAUUAUAUUAAAAUACGGUAUUAAUUAACAUUUAAAAAAUGUUGUGUAACAUUAAUAUUAAACCAACCAACAAGAACAACCAGCAACAACAAUUGUAUUGUAAGAAUUUCUAUUUCCAUUAAACAACAAUAAAAUUAUUUUGUUUUUAAAUAA